GUCACCUUUGAAGCACCGGCUUUUGGCCACGCAGUUCCGCGACGAGGACAGUCAGCAGAGACUGCAGCAGUGGUUAGCGAUGAGUAAAGACGAGAUACCUUUGCUGAGACAGCGAGUGAACAUGGAAGCGAGACCGGUGUUUUCGAAGAUCGAGAAACUAGUCACGGGCAUCAGGAAACUGGUUCGGGGAUGUCCGGUGUUCAUGCCCCCAGAC